AUGGUCACGGACGGCAUGGGCCCCGCGUCGCUCUCCUUGGCCCGCUCGUUCCGCCAGCACCGCGACGGGCGGCCGAUCGAUGAUCUCUUGUAUCUAGACCAGCAUUUCAUAGGCACCUCGCGGACACGGUCCAACGACUCGUUGGUCACGGACUCCGCGGCGGGCGCCACGGCGUUCAGCUGCGGGCUCAAGUCGUACAACGGCGCCAUUGGCGUGGGUCCCGACAAGAGCCCCUGCGGCACGAUUUUGGAGGCCUUGAAGUUGCAGGGCUACCUCACCGGGCUCGUGGUGACCACGCGGAUCACGGACGCCACGCCCGCGGCGUUCAGCGCGCAUGUCGACUACCGCUUCCAGGAGGACUUGAUAGCGGAGCAGCAGUUGGGCGGGUACCCGUUGGGCCGGACGGUGGACUUGGUUUUGGGCGGCGGCCGGUGCCAUUUCCUCCCGUCCAGCGUGCCGGGCGGCUGCCGCGCGGACCUGCGGAACUUGGUGGCCGAGGCCGAGGCCAGCAACUACACCUACGUGGGCGACCGCGCGGCGUUCGACGCGUUGGCGUCGGGCGAGAACGUGACGCUCCCGCUCUUGGGCCUCUUGGCGCCCACGGACAUCCCCUACGACAUCGACCGCGACGCGCGCGUGCACCCCUCGUUGGCGGAACAGGUGCGGACCGCGUUGACCGCGUUGAGCAAGGCCACGGCGGACUCGGCCCACGGCUUCUUCCUAUUGAUCGAGGGCUCGCGGAUCGACCACGCAGGCCACCACAACGACCCGGCGGCCCAGGUCCGGGAGGUGUUGGCGUACGACGACGCGUACAAGGCGGUGUUGGACUUCAUCGACGCGUCCGACGUGGCCACCGUGGCCAUCUCCACGUCGGACCACGAGACCGGCGGGCUCGUCACCGCGCGCCAGGUCACGCCCGCCUACCCGGACUACUUGUGGUACCCGCAGGUGUUGCUCAACAGCACGCACUCGGGCGAGUACUUGACCAGGAAGAUCCUCGGCAAGCGGAGGUCGUACGGCCCGGAUCUCGAGGCCGCGGCCUUCAGCAAGUUCAUUGCCGAGGAAAUCGUGGAGGCGGACAUGGGCAUUCUCGACCACACCGCGGACGAGGUGGCCCAGAUCGCGCGCCUCGCCAGCUCGCCCGAGCGCUUGUUGUACUUCUUGAACAACAUGGUGUCCGUGCGCUCGCAGACCGGCUGGACCACCCACGGCCACUCGGCCGUGGACGUCAACAUCUACGCGUACUCGAACUCGGAGCACAUCAACCGCCAGCUCUACCAGCGCGGCGCGUACCUGGGUCUCUUGGGCAGCCACGAGAACAUCGAGCUCGGCGCGUUCAUGGAGACGCUCACGGGCGUGAGCUUGGCCGAUGUCACGGAGUUGCUCAGGGACACCAAGCACUCGCCGGGCGUGGCUGUCUCGGAUGUUGCGGGGCUGGCGCGGGCCAUGUUCGAGCACCCGCUCGAGGCCUAG